CGUAUGGAACCACGAUGGAAGUGGAAUUAUGCCCGAUUUUAAGGUCUUUUGGCAGUGAACAAAACGUGCUGUCCCGACCCGACGGUUCUGCAUCGUUUGUUCAAGGAGACACCAGUGUGUUGGCAGGAGUGUACGGUCCAGCAGAGGUUAAAGUCAGUAAGGAGAUCUAUGACCGUGCGACCCUGGAGGUCGUAAUUCAACCUAAAGUGGGGCUCCCGAGCGUUAGAGAGCGUGCCAGAGAGCAGUGCAUUAGAGAAACAUGCGAGGCAGCUCUUCUUUCCACACUUCAUCCUCGUUCUUCUCUCACACUCAUCCUCCAAGUGGUCCAUGAUGAUGGAUCUCUGCUGGCGUGUUACCUGAACGCUGCCUGCAUGGCCCUUAUAGAUGCUGGGCUGCCCAUGAGCAGCCUAUUCUGUGGCAUCACCUGUGCUAUCAAUACAGAGGGACAAAUCAUCACUGAUCCUAGUGUGCAGCAGGAGAAGGAAAGUCGGGCUUUGUUGACGUUUGCAAUUGACAGUGUGGAGCGGAAAGUGAUGAUGUCAUCAACUAAAGGUUCUUUCUCAGUGAAGGAGCUCCAGCAGUGCAUAGCAGUCAGCCAGAAGGCAUCAGAGGAGAUAUUCCAGUUUUACAGAGACUCUGUGAAAAGGCGAUACUCCAAGAUUAUGUAAAACAAAAACAAAAUCCAAACCUUUGUUUUACAGUUAUUUUGUAUUUUAAGACAACCGUGAUCUUUAAUGUGCCCAUUGAGAUGUUUUGUUCUCUUAUUUCUUUGUGGACAUGCUGCUGACUGUUUUUUCUAUUAACGAGUGUAAUUAUUAGGACUGAUGCUAUGCCUCAUAUUAAAUAUAUGAU